AUGAACUUCUACCCAGCCCCCCCAACCAUCCAGGCCGAAAUCUAUACCCGCAUCCCCUCCCACCUCCGCUGCACAGGCCAACCAACAGAGUGGCGCAGCGGCUCGGCACGCCCAGCAUCUGAUAUCUUCCUCGAGGGGCCAGUCUGUACCGCCAACGGCGAUCUCUACAUCGUAGAUGUUCCCUACGGGAGGGUCCUCAAGAUAGAUAAGGACAAGAAUGUGACGGAAUGUGUCCGCUACGAUGGGGAGCCCAAUGGGCUUGUUGUUCGAGAUGAUGGAUGUUUGGUGAUUGCCGAUUAUAAGCAGGGAAUACUUCUUUACAAUCCAAAAACUGAAUCUCUAACUCCCCUCCUGACCCGCCGCAACUUAGAACGCUUCAAAGGUCCCAACGACCUAGUAAUCUCCAGCAAGAACGAGAUUUAUUUCACGGACCAGGGUCAAACGGGGAUGACGGACCCGUCUGGGUGCGUGUACCGGCUCUCUCCCGACGGGAAGCUAGAUUGUCUUGUGUCGAACGGGAUUUCUCCGAACGGGCUGGUUUUGUCUCCUGAUGAGCGGUUCUUGUAUGUUGCUAUGACGAGGCAGAAUUCUGUGUGGAGGUUGCCGUUGAAUGCAGAUGGGAGUACGUCGAAGGUAGGGCUGUUCUUUCAGUCGUUUGGGUGUGCGGGGCCUGAUGGGUUGGCUGUGGAUGAGGAGGGGAGUUUGUUUGUAUGUCAUCCGAGUCUUGGGUGUGUGUUUGUGGUGGAUAAGGAGGGUGUGCCGAAGGCGAGGAUUGUUACUGCGAAGGAUGGAGGGAAGAAUUUGACGAAUUGGGUCAUGGGAGGUGUGUAA